AUGGAAGCGACUGAGAUUCGACAGCGCAAGCCGGCCGAAAAUAUGACCGAGCUCCUAAAACUCUCGACCAAACCCCCCACAGAACCCCAUCUCAAACAUGGCGUUCCCAUGCAGCUUUUACGCUCCUUCUUGCUAGGAACAUGGAUGAACUGCUGUGUUAUGGUGAUCUGUGUGACGCAGCUAAUCGGCUGCCCGUUGUAUGUGAUCAACAGACGCUACUACUACUCGUAUAUGGCCUACACAAAACAAUGUUUCGCACUCGUCCUCACCGCUUUCACACAAUGGAGCUCUCCAACUCUACAGCGAGUCAGUGGUGAUGCUAGCGUGCGUGGUCAAAUCCAUAUUUCAAAAGGUGGAUUGCUGGAGACCCGCUUCCCAGAACGUCUCGUCAUGAUCUCCAAUCACCAGGUGUACACCGAUUGGAUCUACCUCUGGUGGGUGGCAUAUACGAAUGAGAUGCACGGCCGCAUCUUCAUUAUCCUGAAGGAAUCGCUAAAGUACAUCCCCGUUCUUGGCACGGGCAUGAUGUUCUACGGCUUUAUCUUCAUGGCUCGCAAGUGGCUGGCCGAUAAGCCGAGACUUCAGCACCGCCUGGAAAAGCUGAAGACCAACUAUACGGGCUCGAACUCGGCUCGUCCGACGUAUGAUCCCAUGUGGCUUUUGAUUUUUCCCGAGGGAACGAACCUGUCCAUCAAUACCAAGGGUCGCAGCGAUGCGUGGAGUCUAAAGCAGGGACUGCCUUCUUUCAAACAUGUGAUUCUUCCUCGCUCUACUGGGCUGUUCUUCUGUCUUCAGCAGUUGCGGGGAACUGUGGACUGGGUGUAUGACUGCACAAUAGCCUAUGAGGGACCACCAAAGGGAAGCUACCCGGAUAAAUACUUCACGCUUCGCUCGACAUACUUGCAAGGACGUCCACCGACUUCCGUGAACAUGCAUUGGCGACGCUUCCAGGUCUCUAAAAUUCCCCUCGAGGACCAAAAAGAGUUCGAGGCUUGGAUGAUCGAGCGCUGGGCUGAGAAAGACCAGCUUAUGGACGAGUACUUUGAAACAGGCCGCUUCCCAUCUGAGUUGGCCGGUUCUAUCAAGGCUGAGCAUGCAGUCGAUGGGCAGAAGGUUGCUGCAGAAGCUGGAUUUGUAGAGUCAUAUACUCGUCUGUCCCACUGGAGUGAGCUUGGUUCAAUCUUUGUGGUUCUAUUCAGUGUUGCUGCUUUCUGCAAAUUUGUAACUAGCUGGCUCCAGUGA